GCUGCAGAGGACCCCCAGGAGAGGGAGAGGCGCGAGCGGAGGGAGCGGAUCGAGAGGGAGAGUCAGGGCAACGAUGAGGAAGGAGGGCGCCUGAAGAUGCGGGAGGAGAAGGACAAAACCAAGGAGCUGCAGGCCAUCAAGGAUCGACGGGACUUCUUUUUGGGGGGGUCGGUGGGGGUGAUCCUUCGGCCCUACAACAGCCUGCUAUCUCGUGGCCGUUGGAGGGGGUUUGCAUCUGAUCUGGAUGGUGCGUCGAUUCUAAAUGCCCCUUGCCCACGUAACUCUUCAGGGAUCAACAUUGUCCCGACUGGGGAAGCACGGAUCCGGUAUAAGGAACGACACCACGUCCAGUUGCUGGGACGGGGGUUCAUCGCCGGCAUCGACCUGAAGCAGCAGAAACGUGAGCAGUCCCGAUUCUACGGAGACCUGAUGGAGAAGAGGCGGACGCUGGAGGAGAAGGAGCAGGAGGAGGCACGGUUGAGGAAGGUGAGGAAGAAGGAGGCCAAGCAGCGUUGGGACGACCGUCACUGGUCCCAGAAGAAGCUGGACGAGAUGACAGAGAGGGACUGGAGGAUCUUCCGCGAGGACUACAGCAUCACCACCAAAGGAGGCAGGAUCCCCAACCCGAUCCGCUCCUGGAAGGACUCCAGCCUGCCCCUGCACAUCCAGGAGGUCAUCGACAAGUGCGGCUACAAGAUUGUGAUUGCCACCCCGGGCCGUCUGAUCGAUGUGUUGGAGAACCGGUACCUGGUCCUGAGCCGCUGUACCUAUGUGGUCCUGGACGAGGCUGACCGCAUGAUAGAUAUGGGCUUUGAGCCAGACGUACAGAGAAUCCUGGAGCACAUGCCCGUCACUAAUCAGAAACCCGAUACUGAUGAGGCUGAGGACCCAGAGAAAAUGAUGGCCAACUUCGAACUGGGCAAGCACAAAUACAGACAGACAGUGAUGUUCACAGCCACGAUGCCCCCCUCGGUAGAGAGACUUGCCCGCAGUUACCUGCGCAGACCUGCCGUGGUUUACAUCGGCUCGGCCGGGAAACCCCAUGAGCGUGUGGAGCAGCGGGUUUACCUCAUGUCGGAGGGAGAGAAGAGGAAGAAGCUCCUCGCUCUCCUGGAGGAAGGCUUCGAACCCCCCAUUAUCAUCUUUGUCAAUCAGAAGAAAGGCUGCGAUGUCCUGGCUAAGUCCCUGGAGAAGAUGGGGUUCAAUGCCUGCACCCUGCAUGGGGGUAAAGGUCAGGAACAGAGAGAGUUUGCUCUCUCGAACCUGAAGGCUGGUGCCAAGGAUAUCCUGGUAGCUACCGACGUGGCAGGUCGUGGUAUCGAUAUCCAUGACGUCUCGAUGGUCCUCAACUACGACAUGGCCAAGAACAUUGAAGAUUACAUCCAUCGGAUUGGGCGGACGGGCCGAGCUGGGAAGAGUGGGGUGGCAUCCCAGUUCCAGAGUAGAACUCACCAUUCAGUGUCCAGCAAAACGCUCCCUGGAAGCAUUAGGUACAGAAACCUGUCGCUGGCAGACCUAGGUCCACACGACCGGCCAUCUGGCAGCUCCUCAGGCUUUGGGAUUAAAAAUUCCUUCCCGGGAAAAUCGCCGGACCUGAUUUCCAGCGCGUUACUCCAGUGA